AGAGAAGAGAGGAAGAGAAUAGAACGGGAAGUGGUGCGAGAAUCUGGAAGAGUUUGGAAUUGAACAAAGGUAAAUGCCUGAUUGGAUUUCGGCCAUAAAUUCAUUUUGGGUGUUGAAACGCUGUCGUUUUGUGCUGCGGCGAGGGAAUGGACCCUGAUUCGGCCAAUUCGGACAACUUACGGAGCUGGGGCAAGUUCGUCGCCACCUGCUUGAUCGGUGGCGUCGUCGUCACUUUGGGGGCCACGGCCUUGCUGACUUCCUCUUCCUCAGCCUACCAUGGUGACUCUCACCUUCCUCUCCGAAUUAGCUUCCGGAGGAGGAAGAAAAAGCCCGUCCGGGUCUACAUGGAUGGCUGCUUUGACAUGAUGCACUACGGCCAUUGCAACGCCCUUCGUCAAGCUCGUGCCCUAGGCGAUCAAUUAGUCGUCGGCGUAGUCAGCGAUGCCGAAAUCAUUGUCAAUAAGGGUCCCCCUGUUACUCCUCUCCACGAAAGGAUGAUCAUGGUUAAGGCGGUGAAGUGGGUGGAUGAGGUUAUUCCGGAUGCGCCUUAUGCCAUAACCGAAGAUUUCAUGAAGAAGCUAUUCGACGAGUAUAAUAUAGAUUAUAUUAUUCAUGGAGAUGAUCCUUGUGUUCUUCCUGAUGGUACUGAUGCUUAUGCUCUUGCUAAAAAGGCUGGUCGAUAUAAGCAGAUCAAACGCACUGAAGGGGUCUCUAGUACCGACAUCGUUGGCCGAAUGCUUCUUUGUGUAAGAGAGAGAUCCAUCAAUGAGAGCCAUAAUCAUUCUUCCCUGCAAAGACAGUUCAGCCAUGGUCAUGGCCAAAAAUUUGAUGACGGUGGAUCUGGAAGUGGAACUCGUGUAUCCCAUUUUCUACCUACAUCUCGUAGAAUUGUGCAGUUCUCUAAUGGGAAGGGGCCAGGACAGGAUGCUCGCAUAGUUUAUAUAGAUGGUGCAUUUGAUCUUUUUCAUGCUGGACAUGUGGAGAUUUUGAGACUUGCUAAAGAGCAUGGAGAUUUUCUUUUUGUUGGGAUACACACAGAUCAAACUGUCAGUGCUAAGAGAGGUGUACAUCGCCCAAUCAUGAAUCUUCAUGAAAGAAGCCUUAGUGUUUUAGCAUGCCGCUAUGUGGAUGAGGUGAUAAUUGGUGCUCCAUGGGAAGUGUCUAGAGACAUGAUUACCACCUUUAACAUUUCACUAGUUGUGCAUGGAACGGUUGCUGAGAAUAAUGAUUUUCAGAAGGAAAAUGGCAAUCCAUACGAUGUACCAAUCAGUAUGGGUAUCUUUAAAGUUCUGGAUAGCCCUUUGGAUAUAACCACAACGACAAUAAUUAAGAGGAUUGUGGCCAAUCACGAGGCGUACCAGAAACGUAACGAAAAGAAGGCAGAAAGUGAGAAACGAUAUUACGAGGGUAAGGCAUUCGUUUCUGGUGAUUGAUCCAUGUCAGAAAUCAGGAUCAGAUCUUCCGAGGCAUGUCCGUAGCUGGCUACGGGUGCAAAGUUUCCGUAUCAGUUAUUUAAAUGGCUAUUCAAUUUUUUUUGUUAAUUCCCUCUUUACAUAGUAGUAUUUGAUUGCUAACUUAGUCCUGUUAUGCAUCUAUUAUGCUUGCGUAUUUUAGUUCAUUGUUGGGAUUCAAUCCAUUAACGGUAAAUUUUAGGAAAUAUAGUUGUCCUAGGGGAAUGAAGUUCAUACCAUUUUAGAGUUGUAAAAGGGGCAUGUGCCAAUUUUUGACGAUAUGCCAAUUUUUGACGAUAACACAGUUUCUUAUUUUCCAGCUCUCAAAAGGAAGGUAGAUUUAUGUACUAAUAGAAUUACUUUAUUUCUCCUAAAUGGUAUGUUUAGCAUUAUUAAUAGGCAA